AUGUCAGACUUUGAGGAAGCUUUCCUGCAGUACAGUCAAGCCUAUAAAAGUAAUAUUGUCAUGGGUGACUUUAAUGCAGACUUGUGUUCGAAUAGCUUUGAUGCUAAUAAUCUUAAGUCAUUUUUUUUAAGUGUGAGUAUGGAUAUUGUUCCUUACUGCCCGACGCAUCACACUGCUACAAACAGUACAUGGCUUGACGUCUGCGCGGUUAAUGACCUCUCCAAAGUCUCGGGUUAUUCACAAUUACCUGUUGCCUUUUUAUCAAGUCAUGACCUGAUUAGUGUCAGUUUUCUGUCUAUUUCUGAUAAGAUUGAACCACGCGAAAUCAUAUAUAGAGACUUCAAGCUCCUUAACUCCCAAGCCUUUAAACUUGACAUUGAAGCCUGCGACUGGUCGCAGGUAUUCACUGCUACCUCGAUUGACACCAAAGUUGACCUACUAAAUACUUUCGUACGAGAGACAAUAAAUAAACAUGCUUCAGUUCGUAAAGCCCAGCUAAGGCGUCCUCCAGCUCCUUGGCUGGAUAACAAUAUUAAGACGCUCAUGAGAGAGCGGGACGCUCUCUACAAAGCAUUCCGGAGAACUAGAUCACUUGUCGUCAGAGAUAAAUACCGAGUCCUGCGUGGUCGUGUCAAAGCCAUGAUUUUAGCUGCAAAAAGCAAACACUACACGUCGAAGUUUAGAGGACUCAAAGAUCAGAAGUCAAUAUGGCGCGAACUUCGGAGUAUUGGAAUAGCCAAAUCGAAUGAAGACAAUGUGCCUGGGAAUGUAUCUCUAGAAGACCUGAACAACUUUUUCGCUGAACCUUUUGAACGCGACAGGCAUGCCAGCACUGUGGAUAAACUAGCUACAAUGACGUCGCGCCUUGUACCCUUCAGAGACGGUAACUUUUAUUCUAAUUCAGUAACUACGGAAUGUCUUAUGCGUAAUUUGUUCAAGUCAAAAUCUAAUGCUAAGGGCAUUGAUGCUAUUCCACUUGCCUUUCUGAAACUAUGCAUGCCUGCUAUACUCCUUCCUAUACUUGAUAUAUUUAACUUCUCGUUGACAAACAGUGUCUAUCCCACACUCUGGAAAAGCUCGCUUGUUCGUCCUAUUCCAAAGAUUAAACACCCUGGUAGUAAGCAGGACUUUCGGCCUAUAUCCAUUGGCUGCUCACUUUUCAAAUCGCUCGAGCGAAUAGUCUUCGACCAAGUUUCUGAUUAUCUUGAUCUUUAUGGUCAUCUUGAUCCGUACAAAUCGGGAUUCAGGAAGGGGUAG